AUGUUCUAUGUACUCGGCUCCACAAGACCAGAGUACAAUCAAAAGGUUAACGUCCUCGUGUUACUGGCACCUGUAUGUUACCUUCAGAAUGUUCCACCACCAUUGAAGGUGGUGAUUCAAUAUUCACCAAUUAUACACAACCUGGCUACAUCACUUCAUGCACAAGAGGACAAACCUCUUGUAAAGAAAACGCAGUGGUGA